AUCGUUUAUACGAGAAGGAGAGGUAAAAAGAAAAGCAAGAGGAGAGAGGAAAGCGGUCGUAGCGACGGCAUAAAGCUCAAAGGAGCAACCGUCUUGACCAACGAACCACUCCGGCUCCUCCCUUGUGCGGCGUGAGACGAGAGAGGCAGGAGGCGAGAGGAGCGGCGACCAUGGGCGUGUCGGCCGCGCAAGUCUUCAAGAACUUGCUCGGCCUGCUCGGGAACCUGUCCGCCAUCGGAGUCGUCCUCACCCCCAUGUUCACCACCCUCCGCGCCAUCAUCGAUGCCGACAAUGUUGGAGGGAGGACCUGCUUUCCGUUUGUCUUUACCUGGUUGAAUGCGGCGGCGCUGGUGGUGUACGCCGGGCCAAAACAUGAUUGGUGGGUUAUCGUGGUAAACGCGGUGGCAGUUGUGGUAGAAGGGGUGUACUGCUACCUAUACAUCGUGUAUGCCCGCGGCUGGAACCGUGUCAUCGCAUACAUCAUGGCUGCGGUGCAGCUGGUGUUAGUGGUGGCGUUGCUUGUGAUUCAGUUCACUGUUUUCCGCGACGGCCACAACGCAGAGGUCAGGGAGGUGUUCUUUGGAUGGAUUGUGGCCGGCACUGCGAUUCUGAUGUACCUUUUCCCAUUCAAGGAGACGUCCGUGGCAGCCUGGACACGCAAUGUGGAGAGCCUCACCCCUCUGCUCUCUCUGGCGUACCUUGUCAACGCAAGCAUCUGGACUGGGUUUGCCUCCAUCAAGCCGUUGGACAGGUACCUGCAGAUCUCCAACGGGACUGGGAUCCUCAGCGCGUUUCUUCAAUGCCUGGUGUGGUUGAUUUGCCGUCCCGGGCAGCUGCAGAUCGCCAACGGGUCCGGAAUCCUCAGCGCGUUUCUUCAAUGCCUAGUGUGGUUGAUUUUCCGCCCCGAGCAUCAGCACUAGACGUGGCACAGCGGCGGCCAUGAUUGAGAAACCGAGACAAUUCCAAGUACUAGCUAUGUGUCAGGGCUGGACAGAGAAUGGCAACUUAUUCUCUCUGUCCACCACUUGCUCAGAUUUCUGGGAUUAUGUAGUGAUUCAUGUAGGAGUCUAUGGUGUGACGCCUGGACAGAGAAUGGCACCAUAUUCUCUCUGUCCACGGCUUGCUCGGAUUUCUGAGACGAUCUAGUGAUGGCGGUAGGAGUUUGGAACCGUAUCUCGUAGGAGGUCAAGUAGGCAUUUUGCCCGCGAGGCAUCUCUGAACCUUGAUGGAUAUCGAUGCAUUUGGUUUUCCAACAGUCCA